GUAGAAGAGGAGCUGCAGGAUGAGUGUUGUGCUGAAGCUGCUGCUGUUGGGUUCUGUGGUGGUUCUGCAGGGUUCUACUCAACAAUGGAACAACUACGCAGAUUUGCCUGAAGAAUACAGAACACACAUUGACAAGGCUCUGGAUGAAGCCAAUAAAAAAUUGGGAGGUCCUUUUCAUAUUGGGUAUGAAUCUCUUCGGACCUCACCGACCAUUACACCCACAGACUGGCAAGUACAUGUUCGUCUGAUGGUCACUGAAUGCAAAAAGGACCGUACUAAACGUCAUAGAGACGAAUGUGCUCAACGGAAGCCUAACACGCCCUGGAUCGACUGCUUGGUGUGUAAGAAGAAAGGUGAGGAAGAAUUGAUUGACUGUGCAAAACUGGCGGAUGUCAAGAAUAGAAAACAGCGAGAGCGGUGUCUGUACCGCCGCGGGGCAGGAUCUCUGUUAGCCCAGAAAAGUGGGAAUGAUGAAACGACGUUUGGAUGUAUUGGGUGUGUCUGACUUAAAAAAAAACACAAAUUCUGACAGAGGAUUUUAAUUCCAAUAAACAACAAACUUAUAA